AGUAAUGCGCUGUUAGCGUUUGCGCGCCGCCGCUAAACCAAAGACAGAAGUUGUUGUUGUUGUUGUGAAGAUGUGUCAGUGUUUUGAUAUUUAACAUGUCGUGUGCAGCUGUGAAUUGUACAAAUCGUCAUUCACCAGGAUCUAGUACAAGUUUCCAUCGUUUCCCAUUAGGUGAUAAAGAUCGGCUUCAGCAGUGGCUGGUGAACAUCAGACGUGAUCAUUUCAAGCCAUCUCCAUCUUCUCGCUUAUGUUCCCACCACUUUAAAGACAGUUGCUUCUUCACAAACAAUAAAGGUCAAGUGUGCCUUGCUAAAACGGCUGUCCCUACCUUAUUUUUCAUCCCUGGCCCCUUUCAGAAGCAGCCACGGCGCACCCAAGUAAGGCAGAGGAGCGUGGAAAGCCAUGAAUUCCAUACGUACUGUCUCAAAAGGGAUGACGGGAGAAAGUUUGUGGAGGAGGAAGAUCCAGACAUGACUGAAACUAGUGGGACCCCAGUGAUUUACCCCACUGAAAUAUGUGUCGUUGCAGUUAGACACGAUCAUUGCUACUGUUCUUGGUCUGCAAACACAGCUUGCAGUUCCAUGGAGGACAGCAGCUCGACGACAGACAUGCAGGAGACCGAAUCGCCCGAGAUGUUGAAGUACAAUUUGAACUUAGUCCUGAGAAAGAUUAAGGCUUGCAGAAAAAAGAUGAAACUGAAGAAUGCUACGAUUAGAAGGUUAAAAAGAAAACUGACUUCACUGUCUUCCAUCAUUUCCGAGCUGAAAGCGAAAGAUCUCAUAGAGACGAAACACACGUUACCCUCAGGCAAAGCAAGUUCUGAAAGGAUCUAAACCAUGGGCUCCAGCUCAAACUCCAGAGCAGUCGAGAGCUGUAAAAUAAUUACUCCUGUCUUCCUCUCUUCACGAAGUGCUGGAUCCUGGACUCCAAACUCUCGCAGCGCGGCCGGUCCAGAAGAGGCUGGUACUUCCUCUGCCUGGAGCCCUCCAUGAGCCAACAAUGCAGAGAUGACAUCUCUAAGAAAACAGAAACAAAAAAUUGUUUUACAAUGGUUUUUACAUGCAACUCUUUUGAUAAACAGCAGGCAGUAUGUUAGUAUUUCAUUCCGGACAUAUAAGUCAAUAUGAGUCGUAGUUUCAGUAUGGACGCACACCUGUGUUUGUUUUCUGAAGGCCUUGGAUCAUGCCGAGCAGAACUUGGGUUUUCACUGCGUUCUGAACCCAGUGUUGGUACAGAGAGUUCAGGACGUGGUUCUCCUCCUCCGUUUCAUUCCUCCAAUUCACACCCUCGAAGUGGCAGUCAUACAGCACCAAAGGAUAAUCCACCGCCAUGCUAGAAAACACAGGCGACUUUAAUUAACAGUCACCAAUUUAGUCAAGAAAAUGAACGUUCCUACAGAUCUGAAAUGUUAUUAUUGUGAAAGAUCAAGUUCUUGCUGGUCUGAGCAAUACACAACUUCAGAAUCCAGAAUUAGCUCUGGAAAUACUGAAAUAAAACUCACCUGUAUUGAGGUUUCCUUGGGUUUUUCUCCACAUCCAGCAGCUGAUCAAUGAUUUCUGGUGCUUCAAGCUUCUGUCCAAUAUGCAACAGCAAAGCCAUCAUGCAGCGAACCUGGAAAAGCAAAGUUAUUGGUUAUGUUCAGAAUGGAAUGCUAGCGACUGCUGAUAAACACCGCAGUGUACAACUGUGUACUAUUUUUUUUUUUAAAGACACCUUGUUAACUUCAAUAAAAUUGAAUACAUCAAAACUCAA